ACCUGCUUCCCUACUUCAGUAAGGAGUGGGAGAAAGGGGGUGACAUUUCAUUGUGGUUCCUCGUGGUGCUUCCCUGUUCCUGGCUGACUCAGUUAAAUCAGUUCUUCACCAUGCUUCACAAGAAACGAUUGACUUUCUGGCACACCUUUGCAGUCGUGGCUGUGCUGGCUUCCACAGGAUAUGUAAUUCUUGUCACCGUAAACAGCUGGAAUUCAGACCAGUGGGUGACAUACAGUGAUCCACCAGUGAAGGUCAGCUCCUCCCCCUUCACGCCCGUCCCUGGCUCCAGGACCCUCCUACUCAACGCUUUCCAUGAACAUCGUACGGCCAACCGCAGCGUACUUCUGCUCGCCAUCGUGUGGCAUGCAGAAAAAACAUCCUACCACUGUCUCCUCUGUUGCCAUGAUGGGGAGCUGGUUACCAUGGCAGUGGUACGGAACGUCCACCAAACCAACUUCUGGUUCCCUGCGGGCACCGGGGACUUCCUCUGUCAGGUGCCUGUGGGAUGCCAGCCCAGGUUUGCAGGGCUGAUUGCUGAAAAUGUGAACACAGACAGCCUGGCUGUGCUGCCAAUACUGAACCCAGUGGAGCGGUGGUCAGGCUUCCCUCUCAACUUCACUGUCUGCCUGUCCAACAUGUUUAACCACUAUGACAACGUGCUGCAGUUUGUCCAGGCCAUGGAGCUCUAUCGCCUCCUAGGGGCCCAGAGGGUUGUCAUCUACAAGAAUAACUGCUCCUCAACCAUGGAGAGGGUGCUGCAUUACUAUAUCAACCAGGUAGGUCUUGUGGAGGUGCUGCCCUGGCCAGUUGACGCCCACAUCAAGGUGUCUUCCAGCUGGCUGAUGUCUGAGUCUCCUGGUGACCUUCACUACUACGGCCAGAUCCCUGCUCUCAAUGACUGUGUCCACAGAUACAUGUACCAGACACAGUACCUGCUACUGCAUGACCCUGAUGAGGUCAUACUGCCCACGGGUAAUCAGACGUGGGCUGAGCUGGUGUCCACUCUGCAGAGUAUACAUGGCAGGGAUGUCAACUUCUACUUUGAGAACAACGUCUUCCCUUUCGAAGAAAAAGAGGAAAUCAGCAGUUACAACCUGCCUGAGUGGUCCCACAUUCCAGGUGUCAACGUCCUGCUUCACCUGCUGCGUGAGCCGAUCCCCAAACAGCACUUCACCACAGGGAAGAUGAUAGUUAACCCGCGCACUGUGGACGAGAUGAGUGUUCACUCAGUUCACAAGCUGAGAAAGGGGACCGCCACAGUGAAGAUCGGCCCAGAGUUAGGAAAGCUCCACCACAUCCGCCGGCGGAAGAACACGUCACUGAAGAGGAGUGAUCUGGUGAGGGAUGAAGGGCUUCUGCGGUUUGCACCCCAAUUGGUCAGAGAGGUGAACAGAGCCCUACGCAACAUGAAUCUGCUCCCAAACAAACUGUGAAUCCACUGUUGUCUACCUGUUGUUCAUUGUGAUUAAAACAACAACAACAACAACUUUGGUCGAGUAUUUAUAUGUAAAUAGUUUUGCACUAAGGGAUUUCAGGGGUGAUGUACUGCUGCUCUGUUCAAAAGGACUAGAGCUUGUUUCAUGAAGCAAGUUCACUGCUCUUGCUUUGGUCUUACUGUAAGAUGCCAUAAAUUAACUCUACCAGGGAGCAAGUGUAUAGAUUAGAUUUCUCUCUACUACUUUUCCCUGUACUCCACCUCAAUGAUAGUAUCUCAUGCAUGUCCACCUCAUUGGACAUGCAUGCACAGACGUAGAAUAGCUUGUUUUUCUCAACAAGAACAAGCUAUUAUGAUGAAUAAACGUGUAACAGUUUAUUCACAGCAAGUUUACAAGAUGGUGUUGGGGUGAAAACGGGUGGUACAUGGCAACAAAAAUUGUUUACAUGCACUGUUUGUUUACAUUGCAUCAGAAUUAGUCAACAUUAUAUUAGAAAAUAAUAAAUGCGAGGAAUGACACAGACUUUCACUAUGUGUGCCUCUUUUGCCCUCAAUUAAACAAAGCAAAGUUGCUGUGUAAAUGUGUACCAUGCAGUUUAAAUGAUCAUCCACUGUCCUUUGUAACUAUUCAGCCACAGAUCUCUCAGUCUUUCUGAUUUCACAUUUAACUGUAUUGUGUGUAUGAUGCUAUUUGUUAAAUGUCCAUAAGAAUAUCUUAACUGAUGAUAUCCUCAAAUGACCCGUUUUUUUAUGUAAGUAUAC